CAGCACUGCAGCUGGCUCCAGCUAGGUUUUCAAAGGGGCCAUCGCUAUCUUGCUCCCCUUCCACGAAGCUCCUCACUUUCCUCAAUCCUCACCUUCUCUCCCACUAUCUCACACCGUACCAGAUCCACCGCUGCCAGCAGGCCACGAUUAGCUUCUCCUCUCUUUCCCUUCCCCAUAGCCAGAAUCAUCGAGUCUUCUCCAGCCAGAUCGAGCUCCUGUAGUUAGAGAACACGGAACAUCAUGCCUCUCCGUUGGCCGCUCCUAAUGGAGGCGACCUGAACUUCGGGUAUGUAGCUCUAGAUCUGGAGGUGCGCGCGCGCACACACACACACACAAAGAGAUAGAGAGAGAGAGAGAGAGAGAGAGAGAGAGAGCAAUAUGGCUGGUGCUAUAGUGAGUGCUUCAACGGGUGUGAUAAGUGCCCUGCUUCCCAAGCUCUCCAUGUUCAUAGAGCAGGAGUACAAGCUUCAGAAAGGAGUGAAGAGCAACAUCGCCUUUCUAGUGGCUGAGCUGAGCAGCAUGCACACCCUGCUUGUCAAGCUGGCCAGCAACGAGGAGAGGCUGGAUGUGCAGCUCAAGGAUUGGAGGAACAAGGUGCGUGAGCUCAGCUAUGAUAUCGAAGACUGCAUCGACCGCUUCAUGCACAAGAUGAGCAAAGAAGAUGCUGGAGUCAACCUUCUAAAGAAGACAAUAAGUAUGAUUGAAAAGAUAUGGGCACGCCACAAGAUUGCUAACCUAAUUGAUGAACUCAAGGCUCGAGUUAAGGAAGAAGGUCAUCGCCGCAAGAGGUACAAGUAUGAUGACCAGGCUGCUAAUUUUAGCCAGGUCAUUCAAAUUGAUCCUCGGCUGCCAGCACUGUAUGUGGAAGCACGUAGACUUGUUGGGAUUGAUGGUCCAAGGGAGAAGAUCAUCGAGUUUAUGGAGAAUGAUGACAAUGGACAUCAACUCAAAGUUGUAUCUAUCGUGGGUUUUGGAGGUCUUGGCAAGACAACUCUUGCGAACCAAGUUUACCACAAAACCAAAGGUCAAUUUGAUUGUUCAUGUUUUGUACCGGUCUCACGGAAUCCUAAUGUUGCCAAGAUACUGGCUAAUAUGCUCAAAGACCUAGAGAGUCCUUUCGACCCAUCACAUGAUGAGCGCCAACUCAUAGACAAGCUUAGAGCGUUCUUACAAGAUAAGAGGUACUUUGUCGUCGUCGAUGAUAUUUGGAGCACCCAAGCAUGGGAACUUGUCAAAUCUGCCCUACCUGAGAACAAUCUAAACAGCAGAAUAAUUACAACCACAAGAAUUACCGAUGUCGCCACAUCAUGUUGCUCAAGUUUAGCAGGAUAUGUCCACAACAUUCAACCUCUAAGCGACCAGCAAUCCCAGCAACUAUUUUCCAAGAGGGUUUUUGGCGAUACAUCUGAAUGCCCUCCUUACUUGCAGGAAAUUUCUCAUAGAAUCCUUGAGAAGUGCCAUGGUUUGCCACUAGCUAUUAUCACUAUUGCAAGCCUACUGGCUGGUAAAUCCAACAAGGAUCAGUGGGAGCAAGUGUACAAUUCUAUCAACUCUGCUUUUAGUCACCAAGGGAUGAGAGACAUACUUCUUCUUAGCUAUUAUGAUCUCCCAUGUAAUCUGAAGACUUGCUUGCUAUAUCUUAGUAUGUAUCCAGAGGAUCACAGGAUUGAUAGAGAGGAGCUAACAUGGAGAUGGAUAGCUGAAGGGUUCAUCACAGAAGUCAGGGGUCAAUCAGUGGAGCAAACUGCUGAGAGUUACUUCAAUGAGCUUGUAAACAGAAGCUUGAUCCAACCAAUAAACAUUCAGUAUGACGGAAAGGCUGAAGCUUGUCGAGUGCAUGAUAUAGUACUUGAGCUUAUCGUAUCUCUGUCAGCCGAGGAGAAUUUUGCCUGCAUAGUGGAAGAGAAGAGCUAUAGUGGUAGUGGUCACAAGAUUCGUAGGCUCUCAGUACAAACCGAACAUGUGGGAGAUGAAGUGAUGAAGAAGAUUAUGGAUAAGUUAUCUCAGGUUCGUUCGAUUAGCUUUUAUGGAUUGCAAGAGCAGCCAAUUUCUCAUCUGCAAGAGUUGCAUCAUCUGAGAGUACUGUAUUUUUAUUAUGAUGUCGGCUGUAACCAACACAUUAAAUGUAUAGGAAGCCUUUUCCAGCUAAAAUGUUUGAUCAUCAGUUCUUACGAUGUUACUGAGCUUCCAGAGGACAUUGGAAACAUGCGGAACCUGCAGACACUAGAUAUACGUGGCAGUGGUGUUGAAAAGUUGCCACCGUCCAUAGGCCAUUUGCAAAAAUUGGUUCGUCUGCUUGUAGAACCUGAAGUAGAAUUGCCCGAUGAGAUUGGAGAUCUACUAGCCUUGCAGGAGUUGUUGUGUGCAGGUAUUUUCUCCACAAAUUUGUUGGAAGCGCUUAGACAAUUGACUAAGCUGAAGACGCUUGACAUGGACGUGCCUAACAGAGAACAACUCGGUCGUGAUAGGGGAAGGUAUGAGGAAGCUUUGAAGUUAUCUGUCACUGUUAUGGGUAAUCAUGGGCUCCAAUCAGUAAAGAUUUAUGACUAUAAUGAUUUGCUGAGAGAAGAACAUGUUGAUUUAUUGUGCUCCACUUCUCCAUGUCUCCGGAAGCUUGACGUAAAAGGAGACGGUAUCGCUCGCUUUCCAAAGCAGGUGGGGUCUCUUGUUAAUCUUACCUAUCUUGAACUCAAGUUUCUCAGGAUUCAACAGGAAGAUCUCUGCAUCAUCGGGGGCAUACCUGCUCUACUCAUUUGCAAGUUAUACGUACUGGAUGCCCCUGAUGAACGGCUUACCAUCAGGAGUCAAUUAUUCCAGUGCCUUAAAGAGUUUGAUUACAUCAAUAUUUGUUACGGAGGUGGCCUGGAGAUGCUGUUCUUACAGGAAGCGAUGCCCAAGCUCCAAAGGUUAUUUCUUAAAUUUAGAGCGCAGGAAACAGGGUCCAAUAUGGGGUUUGAGUUCAGCUUCGAGCACCUUGCAAGCCUCGAGCACAUCCAAGUAAUAAUCUGGCGUGAAGAUGCCACCAGGAGCAGGGUGGAGGCUGCAGAAGCUGCCAUCAGGGGCGCGGUCAGCAGUCACCCUGGACGUCCCACACUUAACCUGGGGUACGAGAGACAAGGACUAGAGGGACCAUAGUAGACGCUCGACAGGUCUGAAAUACAGAGUGGAUGAGUUGGAUUUUCUCACACCAGAAUAUUAAGUGCAGGAGUUGCAAGGUUUUUGCCAUCUCUCAUGGUUUGCUAAUUUUGUGGCACACUAAAUACAACAGUACCGCGAUGGUGACAACAUCAAGUUUUCCGGCUGGCUGCGUCUUUUUUUGAGUUGGCUAUUUCGUCCCUGUUAUCCAUGGUAGAGUUUUUGUUGAACUUACCAUACAAGUGUAAUGUUUCUGGCCUGUAUUUUCUUUAUAAAAUGGAUUGACUUCUUUAUCCUAGUUAUUAAAAGGCGGAGUUCAUGUCUGUCACUCAUGAAACUCGUCCCAAA